AUGGCUCGGAAGAGCAAUAGAACAUCACCGGCAACAAACUUCCAGGUCUUCCUGAGCUUCAGAGGACCCGACACCCGCCAGGGAUUCACGGAUGUCCUUUACCAUGCUCUUGUAGAUGCCGGGAUUCGUGUAUUCAGAGACAAUGAGGAGAUCCGUAAAGGCGAGUAUAUCAGUGAAGAGAUCCUGAGAGCCAUCGAGGACUCCAGGAUCUUCGUCCCCAUCUUCUCCAGGACCUAUGCUUUCAGUAAGUGGUGCCUCAUUGAGCUCGCAAAAAUGGUGGAGUCCAAGGAGGGAUCGAGCUGCAGUAAAAGGAUCCUUCCCAUUUUCUAUGAUGUGAGCGUCGAUGAUGUCAAGCUUAAGACGGAGUUGUACACUGAAGCUCUAUCAAUACACAGGGAGAAGUUCAGUACCGACAUACUGCACCAGUGGGAGGAGGCUCUUCGAGAAGCUGGAAAAAUCACGGGAUGGGAACUGAAGGAUAAAGGUCAUGCAGAAUUUGCUAAGGAAUUCGUCAGGAAGGUAUCCGUGGAGUUGAAAGUGAAAAAAAAAUAUGUGACUGGGAGCCUAGUUGAGAGGAUUGAUGAGCAAGAUGCUCUUAUAAGCUUGUUGGAUCUAAAGUCCUCUCAUGAUGUUCGGUUGGUCUGGAUCCAUGGAAUGGGGGGUAUCGGUAAGACAACACUUGCCAAGGCUGUUUUCAACCGACUCUGUGAUCACUUCGACGGCUGCUGCUUCCUUCUAGACUGUUGGAUAAAUUUUUAA